UUUGCGUCGCUCCCUUCUUCCCUCCCAUCCCACUCCCAGCAGGCCCUGACCUUUCUCCACUUUUCUCUCUCGCUCAGAUUUCCCCUUCUUCUUGCUUUCUCACUUUUUAUCUCUCUUCUUCAACCUUUCUUCUUCCUUCCACUUCAAUGGCUUCCACUUCCGGAGAUGGAUUCUCUCCCGAUCCACCCACCUCCAACGACGCCGAGCAGCCUCCAAUUGCGCCUAUGAGGAUGCCUACAGUUGAAGAGAUUCGCGGCCAAGAUAUUUGGGACAACUGUGCUGUUCGUAGUGUUGUUAGUGGAGUCAUGGGUGGUGGGAUUGGAUUGUUCCUGGGAUUAUUUUUGGGGUCAAUGGAUAAUUCAUUGAUGCAAGAUGAGAUGACUGCAAGACAACAAUUUGUUUAUACUGCAAAACAGAUGGGACGGCGGGGUUGGGGUUCUGCAAAAUCGUUUGCAGUCAUGGGUUUUAUUUUCUCAGCAGCAGAAUGUGUUGUAGAAAAGGCUCGAGCUAAGCAUGAUAUGACGAAUACAGUAGUUGCUGGUUGUGUAACUGGUGGUGCAAUAUCAGCUAAAGGUGGCCCAAAGGCAGCUUGUGCUGGUUGUGCAGGUUUUGCAGCAUUCUCAGUGUUGAUAGAGAAGUUUUUGGAAAGACAUACUUGAGCUGCGUUUGUGCUCACAAUUUUCUGAUAGCAAAAGCAAAUCAAUGGUAGAGAAAUAAUAGUUAGCCUGCAGUGUUACCAUUCUUUUGAUCGUAAAAAUAUGAACCUUCUUUCUUUUUUUUUAUCUUUAUUUGGGAUAACUUUUAGAAUAUUGUCCCCAUUGUUUUAGUAAACAUUAUUCACAAUUCCAUUUGAUUUGGAAGUUAUUUAUUUUAAUAGAGGAAAUUUAUGGUA